AUGAGUUCCAAGCGUCGUCAUGAAGAUGUCUCGGAAUCUUCCGACAGUAACACGCCGACCAAGAGGAGCAGGCUCCUCAACCACAGUAACGUUGACGGGGAUAUCUCCCCGAACCUACAAAAUCCCAGCACAUCCAACGAGGCCGCGGAACCAGAAUCCGAAUCCGAACCCAAAGAAACCGAGCCAGCAGCUGUGACAGCGACCGCAUUAAUCAACGCACAGCUAGGACAAGUCGAAUUCGAAAACGCUAUGAUCACGUCCUACGACAUCAAAGAUCACCUAGGCAGAGCCUGGGACUGCGCCUUCGGGAUGUACGUGCCAACGCAGGACAUGCGCACCCUACCUCUCGUCUCCCCGCGCUUCGGCGACGGAUUCAUGCGCACGACAUUCGGGGACAAGUACGCCAACGACAUGUACUCCGCGCGGAACGGUCUCGCAUUCCCAUACCCCGUAAAACAAGCCCUCGAAGCCGGAGCUCUGGUAAUCGUGCCCGCGAUCCCGAACAAGCCGUCUUACGCGGACGUAGAAGCAUGGGAGAACGCGCGGCCACGAGACUACAAGUUCCGGGUGACGAAGCCGGAGAUAGAAUCGUUCACGCGACAGCACUACCACGUCUUUGAGAUCGCGUCCCUCGACAACCGGAAACUAACAUUCAGGAACAACUUCCGGCCGCGCACGCGGUUCCUGUAUUUCCUAUUCAUGAUGACAAUGUUUCGCCGCGCCAAGGGCGCGGGUCCUAGCGACAAUGACUUGUUCAGGCUAUUGGUGGCGCACCAGGAUAAGCUGGCUCAUGAGUAUUGGGGCGUUGAAGAGGCGAGUACGAAGAAUGAUAUUUGGGGAGAUUUGCUAAGCGAUAGCCCCCUGGACCUUACAAAGGUGGAUCACGUCCGGACUUUGCUUAGAACCCCAAUAUGGACAAUGGUAAGGGGUAAGUAUGUGUACGUGGGGGAGGAUGAGUUGGAGCAGGAGGAGGUGGAGUAG